CCUGACUAUGCCCUGUGGAGUGCAGGAGCGCGCGUCCUGCAAUCGUGGACAUCCUCUACUUAUUGUCCCACGAUUUCUGGCUCUCCAUCCUGGUUUCGUUGGCUCUUACCACACUCUGCAUGGACCGACUGGAGAACACCCAAGUUCGCAUUAAGUAACUCGCUUCAGCCUGGUGACUGCUGGCCUAUGGAAGGAUCGCAGGGGAGCUUGGGCAUCGCAUUGGCACGACCAGUCUAUCAUCUCUCUGUGACUAUUCAACAUGUCCCCAUGCAGCUGCUGUAUGACAUAGACAGUGUUCCACGUGAGGGGGAGUUAUGGGGGCUGCUACAAGAAAUCGACGUAGUGUGCUCCUCUGAUGAUGACAUGGUAUCUUGCAAAACUGCAAGCGAGCUAUUGCCGUUUGCAACGGGAUUUCAUUCGGACUUUGGAAUUCAAGAUGGUACCUUCGUCCACUUAUUGGACUUCGCAUACGAUGUUCACACCACGCUGCACCACCAAUCUUUCGCAAUGCCGUCCAUGUCCCCUUGGCUGAACACGAGCUUUGAGUCAGUUGUUUUUCUCUUCCUCAACAACUGGGGCAACGAUGGCUAUACUUGCUUAUACCGUGUGCAAGUGCAUGGUGAUCAUAGCAGAUCAGAUUCCUAA